GGGAAGAGCGAGCUCGCGCGCGCUCGCGGGGGGAUUCGGAGGCGGUGCGCGCCCUCAGCGCCCCUCCCACCGCUCCGCGGCGUCACGUGACUCGGCGGCGGCUCCCGGCGCGGUUGGACGCUGGAGGCCAAGAUGGCGGCGGAGCUGGUGGAGGCGAAAAACAUGGUGAUGAGUUUCCGAGUCUCAGAUCUUCAGAUGUUGCUGGGUUUCGUUGGCAGGAGUAAAAGCGGACUUAAACAUGAACUAGUCACCAGAGCAUUGCAACUGGUGCAAUUUGACUGCAGCCCUGAGGUUUUCAAGAAAAUUAAGGAGCUCUAUGAGACUCGCUAUAACAAGAGGAGCUCUGAAGCUGCUCAGCCCCAGCCCCAGCAGCACCGCUCUGCUGAGGCACUCUCCAUGCACACCAACUACGACCGCGGGAGCACCAUUCCCCGGACUACUAUCCCCACCACUAACAUUGACUAUCCUGCUCUCUAUGGGAAAUACCUUAAUGGACUGGGGAGGUUGCCACCCAAAGUUGCAAAGCCAGAAGUUCGCCUGGUGAAACUUCCCUUCUACACGACCCUGGAUGAGCUGUUGAAGCCCACAGAAUUAGUUCCACAGAAUAAUGAGAAGCUUCAGGAAAGUCCAUGUAUUUUUGCAUUAACACCGAGACAAGUGGAGUUGAUCAGAAAUUCCAGGGAGCUGCAACCUGGUGUGAAAUCAGUUCAGGUUGUGCUAAGAAUCUGUUACACAGACACCAGUUCUCCUCAGGAGGAUCAGUACCCCCCAAACAUUGCCGUGAAAGUGAACCACAGCUACUGCUCAGUGCCGGGCUACUACCCAUCAAACAAGCCUGGAGUGGAACCUAAAAGGCCCUGUCGUCCUAUCAACCUCACCCAUCUCAUGUACUUGUCUGCAGCCACCAACCGCAUCACGGUUACCUGGGGGAAUUACGGGAAGAGCUAUUCUGUGGGGCUGUACUUGGUGCGACAGAUGACCUCAGCAGAGCUGCUGCAGAGGUUGAAAACCAUCGGGAUCAAACACCCAGAGCUCUGCAAAGCCCUUGUAAAAGAGAAGCUACGCUUGGACCCAGACAGCGAAAUUGCCACUACAGGUGUUCGUGUCUCGCUUAUCUGCCCGCUGGUGAAGAUGCGGCUGUCUGUGCCGUGCCGGGCAGAGACCUGUGCACAUCUGCAGUGCUUUGAUGCAGUCUUCUACCUACAGAUGAAUGAGAAAAAACCCACGUGGAUGUGCCCUGUGUGUGACAAACCAGCACCCUACGACCAGUUAAUAAUUGAUGGGCUCCUCUCAAAGAUCCUGACAGAAUGUGAAGAUGCGGAUGAAAUCGAGUACCUGGUAGAUGGCUCUUGGUGUCCCAUCAGAGCUGAGAAGGAGCGGAGCUGCAGCCCUCAGUGUCCCAUAUUAGUUCUAGGUUCCUCUGAUGUGAAUGGGCUGUUGCCCACCCCCAACACUAACGGUGAGAACGGUAAGGCCACUGCAGACGUUGUGGAUUUAACACUGGACAGCUCCUCCUCGGAGGAAGAGGAGGAGGAAGAUGAGGAAGAGGAUGACGAUGAUGAGGGACCCCAACCAAAACGACGCUGCUCUUAUGAGAAAGGUUUAGUUUCUGCCUGCUGACUGCGGAAGCAGCUCUCAAUCUCAGAACGGACAGACUUGAAUACUCUGGUGCUUAUUAAACUGGAGGAGGGGGAUAGCGUCCUUUCCCAUCUCAUCUCCCUUCCUCUCUCAUCUCCUUUGACCUUCCUAUUCCAAAUUAAUCAUUAAAACGAGAGAAAAAGAAAACAAAAAGCAAACAACAACAAAAAAAAAGAAAAAAAGAAAAAACAAAAAAACAAACCA